GGAACCUGCGUAACAAGACGGCGCGAGGCCAGAGGCGCGCCACUGCGCUCCAUUUGCAGAGAUGCGGACGUGUGCACAGAUCUCUCUUGGGCUGCUGCUGCUCGCUUCUGUCCAUACGACGGACGGCUCCAUGGCCAUGAACGCAACCGCGGACCACAAUGCGAUUCUGGCCACGCCACCGCCCGCCGACGGCCACACCAUGUCGGUUCCCGCCAUCGUUGGCAUCACCACUGCCGUCGUCGUCGCGCUCUGCUGCGUCAUCUUUAUGGCCGGUGUCUACAUGUCGCGCCGGUGGCGGUCGUCGCCGCACGACGAUACGAGCAAGCACGGCUUUGUGCCAUCGCCUGGCACGGCGUCGGCCCAGGACUUUGAGCAGUACUUUCCCAAGCCAAUCGAGCCCGCGAUGCUGCAAGAGCCGCCGGCGCGCAAGUCGUCGCGCGGCAGCGUCCUCCGAAAGGCGUCCAGCGCGGUGCCACUGGAGCCGUCGAGCACCGAAUGGCAGUCCCCGAUCGAGAGCUCGCGCUACAUGAUGGCCGAUGUGGCACCGCCAAACGCGCUGCAGAGCCUCCGUAGCGCGGGGUGGCAGUCGCCGGUGGAGAGCUCGCGCAGCCUCAUGCUGCUCCAAUCGCAGCGCAUUUACGAGCUCACGGGUGGCGAAGAUGGCAUUUUCGGGUCGCAAAGCCGCAUCCAGGAAGAGAUCGAGAUCCGAGCUGGCACCAUGGACAGCUACACGGUGCGACCGAGCGAGCUGCAAGCCAAGCACGCCGACGCCGCCGAGUGGAUGAGUGCGAUGGACACGUCCCGGUCGAUCUUUGAGACGUUCCGGUCGACGUCGGACAGCGACGGCGAGAGCCGGGACUCGAUCGUGUGA